CUUUCAUCUAAGGUACCGAUCUUACCAGCAUAUCUCUGACAUGGGCGGACUAUAACCGGUAGAAUCACGUAAAACUCAUGAUUCAAUUCUGCGCAUUCUUUGUAAAUUCCUUUCAAGGAAAGAGGUCCCAAAGACGCGUCUGACCUUGCGAUACACACUCAAAACCCCACAUUCAAGCCAGAACAAUAACAGUAGCCAAGAAUCGCGCCAAACACUCAAAGCAGAAAGAUAUCAGGCACUGAGCAAAUACUGCAGUGAUCGCAAGGAUGGCGCGCCUGAGUGCUCAAGGCGUUGCGUCUACGGAGGUUCAGCAAUCUCCAACGCAGUCGCUCAAUACCACCUCUGAAAACGCCAACGAUGGAACAGUUCCGCCCUUCUUCAACACGACUUUCUCUACUCAUCGUGUUUCCCCUAUGCACAUUGGAAAAUCACGUCUCACCAAUCAACGGCUCCAAGUCAUCGCCAGCCGCCUUCGUGAUACCCUCGUCGGUGAUGUAGUUCGUGGCAUUCAACUCAGGUUGGAGGCAGCAGAUACAUCUCUCGGCCAAGUCGGUGCUCUUAAUGGUGUCCGAAUCGAGUGGUUUCAUGCGAGUACAUUUUUGGGUGAAGACGCUCCUGAUUUCGACCUCGAAGCUCCACGCGGCGAUCAGAGCGACCUCCCGGACGACCAGAAACAAGGGCUCUGGAUAAGCAUAGAGCAUGAGAAUGCUGCUUAUGCUGCGAUUCUUCUACCUGGACUAUCAGACUCUUCAGAGUCGCGGCAGAUGAAUGAUAAAAAUUGGCUUGCUGCUUCAUUCGACUGCCGCGUCAGUCGGGUAACGAUGGGAACGAAGACUAUCCUUGGAGUAUGGGAAAGCUGGGUCGCAAACGAAGGGCUCAACGACCGAGGCAUUGACUUUACCAUAACACUUGCAUUCAACAUGUCUCUUCAGACCAGCGAGGGCCUAACAGCUAUCGACAAAACCCAAACUCAAGAGGAAGCCUUGGCUAACCCAGGGCUUCGAUCUGUUGAUAUCACCAUAUCUGCACAAGACCUUCGUCGCUUUGUGCGCGCUGGUGAAAAGAGCCAUAUCCCAGGUGAUGCUUCUUGGCAAGGAGACGCCCGUGAACGCCGUAGGCUUGCCGGGGGGAACACAGACGAUGGCUGGGCUUGGCGUACAAAGGGACCUGCUGAAGCAUCCCCCUUCACCGAAGCCUUGGGGCUCUAUCUACAUCACCAUCUUGCACUGAAUCUUUUUCAUCCCAGCGUACAUGUUACUCAGAUCUCCUGCGCUGGGUUUGUGCUCGGUCAGAGUCGCCUAAAGAUCAUAAUGCCUGGUGAGAUCAGUCAGAGCCUCUCCCGCGCUGCGUGGUCCUUCGUGGCUCAACUUGGGCAAAGAGUUCAGGGCGAGCAGCUGCCGCAGGUAUUUGUCAAUCAACCUGGAGUUUGAGCCAGCGCGUUGGCUCGGUUUACCUACAUCUACCUGGCACCUUCGGUUCGUGAAUGCCGGUGCGCCAGGAACCAGAUUUUAGUGCAGGGCCGUUCUGUGCAUUUCUUUGUUCGAAAUCAUCCUCGACAGGGUAUCUUUUCUGACUGCCCAUCAUGAUCAGGCUGAAGGGGCAGUCCGAAGAG